AUUUUAAUCUUCCUGGUACAUGAACUUCCAUUCUGUCAGAGCAAAGACUAACAUGGCAUCAUCCAGCACAAUCAUAUGCGGUGUUUGUGAAUCUCAGCACACGACAAUAAAGGCGGACUUUUGGUGUCCUGAAUGUGACGAAGGACUGUGUUCCCAGUGUCUGAAGCAUCACAAUGCAUCAAAAGCCACACGUACCCAUGGUGUUAUAUCUGUUGACAGGUAUAAACAAUUACCUCCCUCGAUAGCCAAUAUAUCCCAAUACUGUUCACUGCAUGAAAGAAAAUUCCAGAAUUAUUGUCCGCAACAUGAAAGUCUUUGUUGUCCACUGUGUAUUCAGUUAAACCAUGCUACCUGUAAUGGGAUAUUAUCGCUGGAGAAUGUCAUACAAACAGCAAAGACGUCAGCUUUAUUGGAAAUUCUUGAUCAAAACAUCAAAAAUCUCAAAAUGAAUGUCGAGAGAGUUGUGGAAGAUCGGAAACAAAAUCUGCAUGAAAUCCAGAAACAAAGGCAUAAGUUUUCUGACGAUAUAAAACAGGUCCGUAAUAAAAUUAACGAACACCUUGACAGCCUAGAACAACGAAUAGUUCAAGACCUAUAUGCUGCCGAAACGAAAGUUAAAUCCCAAAUUGAGGUCUUGCUGGAUAAACUUGCUGACAAUUCAGAAAAUAUUAAUUCAAUGCAAAAAAAUAUUUCAGCUAUCAAAGAUUAUGCGUCAGAUCUACAAGCAUUUCUUGGGAGUAAAAUGAUGGAGACAGAAAUUCAAAAACAUAAAAUAUUUAUGCAGUCAUUAUUUGACGAUGGAAGUUUGCGGAAGAUGGACAUACACUGUAAAAUUGAGGACAAGAUAACCGACGUAUUGUCAACUGCUUCUUUACUAGGUGAAAUAUCAAUCGAAUCAAGCUCUCCAUUAGUGGUUAUGAUGACAGAGAAAGAAACACAAGCACAGACAAGGUCUUUGAAACACGUGCCAUCGUUAACUAUCAAUGAUAUAACAAUGACAUUACAAAAAAAAAUCAAAUUUUCUGGUAUCACAGGAUGCACAACUUCGUCUACAGGAGACAUCAUCCUGAUAGACUACGCUAAUAAACGUGUCCUGAUUUUAAAGGAAGAUGGAAACUGGAAGAGUGGGAUACCUCUUUCACUUUUAAACCCAGUUGAUGGUACCUGUAUCGAUGACAAGGCAGUUGCUGUUUCAUUUCCUUAUUCAUAUCAAAUACAAGUAAUAACUAUUUCAACUAAAAGAGUUGAACGCAGAAUAAAAACCAACAGCCAAUGUUUUGGUUUAUGUUGCUCUGAUGGCUACUUGUUGUACUGUGAUACUGGCAGAGGAAUUCAGAAAGUAAAUAUGACAGACAAUUGCUCUUCUACUUUGGUUAAAGACAACACCUUGUCCGUAUGGAGUUAUGUAGCAACAUCGAAAGAUAAUAUAUUUUAUACCAAUAGGUCAAACUCCACCGUAACAUGCUGCUCAUUGGCUGGAGAGAAGAUGUGGAAAUAUGCAGAUCAAUCAGUUCGUUCUCCGUUUGGGAUAGCUGUAGAUAAAGAUUCAAACGUGUAUAUUGCUUCAGAUAGUAGCAACAGUAUAUUUGUAUUGUCGUCGGAUGGAAAACAAGCAAGACAGCUGGUAGGACAUAAUGAGGGAAUUGAUACCCCUCGUGGGCUCGCAUUUGAUGUUAAGAAAGAAAAAAUAAUAGUUGCUAAUUAUGAUGAACCUAAAUUGUACAGACUAUGUUAAGACUCAAAUUAUGAUUAGUAAUACGUAGUUUACAGUUUACAGUUUCAGAGCAGAUGUUGGUCAAAUAUUAAAAUAUGUCUGAAAUCAAUUGAAAUGAAAAUAAAUCAAAUGCAGAAUUUUUA